AUGGGUGCUCUCAUCGCCCUGUCUCUGAUGGCAGACAUGGGCCUAGUGACCUGGCGGGAGUGCUCCAGCCGGGAGGACACUGUGUGCCGCUGCAGUCCAGGCUACUUCUGUGAGACCCAGGAGGGGGACCACUGUUCUACAUGCUUGCCACACACCACCUGCCCUCGGGGACAGAGGGUUCUGAAGAGAGGUAAUUACAGCCAGGACACUGUAUGUGCUGACUGCCUGAUAGGGACCUUCUCACCUGGAGGGACUCGGGAGGAAUGUCUGCCCUGGACCAAGUGCAAUGCAUGGUUUCAGAAAGAAGUGGAACAUGGGACCAGCAGCACAGAUGUCACCUGCUCCUUCUCCUGGCCCUUCUACGUUAUUGUCAUCCUUUUGGGCCUUUUGACAGCUGUCUUAAUAGUCUACAUCUACAUUAGAAGAAAAAGGCCACACACCAGACCGGGGGCCGGGGGACUGGAGCUCCUGCAGGGGCAGAAACAAGAGAACACUGUCAAGUUUCCAGUCACCGAGGUUGGGUUUGCUGUGACUGAGGAGGAGACAGCUUUCAACCCUGUGAAUUCUGGAUGACAAGACACCUAGGAGACCCUAGAGGGAAACUUCCAUAUGCCUGCGGAGUAUGGCCGCUGCCCUGGGCUGCUCCAGCACCAGGACAUACAGCAGCGGAGAUGUGGUUUUGGCUCAGAGUCAGGGAGCUGCUUUGCCAUUCUUACUGUCAAAUGGGGUCCAGGGGCCUUUUCAUUUUCUCAUCUGCUCCCAUGUGCCCCUCCAUCCAAAUCCUGGGAGGUGAUGACCCAAAACCUCCAGUAUCAAUGACAGCUACCAUUGACCCUACUACCUGGCUCUUCCAAUCAGCUCAGAACAGCUCAGUCUAAACCCUAGGCCUCUGCCUGUCCUGGAUAUGUUAAGCCUAGGCCUGUUCAUCUGGUGGGCUGGUGAGCACUGCCUCCUGGGCCCGGGGUGUACCUGGUGAGACGCCAGGCAAGCGCUUCACCACCGAGCUGUACCCCAGCACUUUUCACUGCUGUUUUCAGGCAGAGUCACGUGAAAUUGUCUGUGUCUCCAGCAUGCCUCAAACUCGACCCUCUACCUCUGUGGGCCUCCAGGCUGGGCCAAGAUCACUUCCUGUCCUUCCCUUCCCUUCCCUUCCCUUCCCUUCCCUUCCCUUCCCUUCCCUUCCCUUCCCUUCCCUUCCCUUCCCUUC